AGACGUCGCGGGCCGCAGACUGUGUGGCAGUGAGCACAGCCGAGUCGUCAACCGAAAAUUCCCAGUUCUCGAGAGGCUCGCAUCCGAUCCCACUGCGGAGGAGGUUCGCCUGGAGAUACCCCCGUUCACGGAGGUCGGAAAGAGUAUUCGAAUCGCAGGCCCACUGGCAAGGGCUCCGACCUGAAUUUUCCAGAUGAGACCUUUAAAGGAUGAUCUAUGCUUCUGGCUGGCGUUUUUGGUUUGCUUGGUGCAUGUCCCGGAUCGGAUAUUCGCAAAAGAUGAUUUCGAAGAUGAUAUCGAGGAAAAUACCAUGAACUCGUCUUCGGGAACCAUGCAGUUCCUGCCGGGGUUCCUCUCUUCGCUCAGCCUGACGCUAGUAUCCGAACUCGGCGACAAAACUUUCUUCAUCGCAGCCAUUCUGGCUAUGAGGAAUUCGAGAGUGACUGUCUUUCUCGGCUCUUUCAUAGCUCUGGUGUUCAUGACGAUUGUGAGCGUCGCUCUCGGUUUCGCGGCCAAUAUCGUCCCUCCGAUUUACACACACUUCAUAUCGAUCGGACUUUUCAUUCUCUUCGGCCUCAAGAUGAUCUACGACGCGUAUCGGAUGAGCCCUGAUGAGGGUCUUGAAGAAUUCCAUGAAGUUGAGAAAACAUUGCUCGACCAUGAGAAGAAGGCGAGCCAGCCCUGUGAGAAAACUUUCCUCAGCGGAACAUUCUGGCAGGCUCUGACGAUGACCCUCGUCGCUGAGUGGGGUGACCGUUCUCAGAUUUCCACCAUCCUUCUCGCGACUCGAUCGAACAUCUAUGGUGUGAUCUUCGGAACAAUUCUCGGUCAUUCACUUUGCACGCUACUCGCGGUCGUCGCCGGAAGAUUAGUAGCUCAUAAGAUAUCCGUGAAAACUGUCGCUUACAUCGGAGGAGUUGUGUUCCUGGGCUGUGCUCUUUUCGAAUUCUUAUCAGGUUACGAAGAUUCAUCAAGUACUCUCUCGUCGACUUCCUGAAACGUCGAUGGAGCUACCGAAGGUCGCGUGUAGAAUGUGUAAAUAUGAUUCAAAAUAAUCGAAGGCAGUUUGCGUA